AUGCGCUUGUUACUUAUCUGCCUCUUCCUCUGCCUCGUUGGCUCAGGAGCAAUCCAAGCUGCACCUACAACACUGCCAGUGGAUACAGCAGAUUCAGAUAUCAGUAUCAGCGACCAUUUUCGACUCACCCCAUCGUUGACGACUAGAACCCUAUGGACCAUCGUCUCCAGCUCCGUUCUCACCAUUUUUGCGUGCACAUACAGUGCCAUUCACCCUAACAUUCCGAGUCCUAAGGAUAGUUAUACGGGUAUCCAGAUGCGGCGACUUGGCAUCAUAAUAAUGGCAUUGAUCGCUCCUGAACUCAUGGUCACGUGGGCUAUGCGCCAGCUGUUCAGCGCUAAUCAAGUCACGAAACAGUUCGAGAAAUCGAAGUAUCCCAAUGUUCCUCUGGACUGGAAGUCUCAAGAAAAUGUGUCUGCACCUAAAAAUGACUUCCUUCGUUUUCUUCGCUUCCUUCGCUUCCUUCUCAUGCCUUUUUUCUUCCUCUGGCCCUUGUUUCGCCCCUUUCACCUGCUUGCUAAAGGUGUAUUAUCUGUGUUGGCGUGUCUUUGUUGUUGCGUUUGUAGCCCCAUGAGGCGGGUUGCAAAGCGGUUUAAUUCAGAGCAAUCCGAGCCAGAGCAAUCCGAGUCUGAGUCGGAAGAUCAUACGUGGACUCAGGCACACAGCUUCUUUGUGUUGAUGGGUGGUUUCAUGCUUUAUGUGGACGGGAAACCCUACCUUACACUACAGCCUGAUCACAUUCUCAAACUGAUACAGAAAGGGUGUAUCGACGUCCCUACCCUAACGGCAGACCAGAUCCACGAUAAGAGCAAAGGCACUGCGAUAUCGAAAGGAUUGGUUAUGCUUCAGGUGGCCUGGUUUAUCAUGCAGCUCGUCACCCGCGUCAUCUAUCCCCUUGAAAUCACCCAGCUCGAAGUGGGGACACUCGCUUUUGCGGUACUUAAUUUCCUAACCUAUGCUGCGUGGUGGAACAAGCCUCUCGAUGUGGAAUGUCCACAUCCAGUGUACUGGAAGUCGACCAACUCAAGGCCAGAGGAUCACAUUGAUCUGAGUGACAGAGACCAACCCGAUAGCCUUGGGAUAUUUUCUUCAGUCCUCGGCGCAAUCAUGGAACUGAUAGGCUGGGCUGACAUUCCCACAUCUCGAAAGCUGCGAGUUCCAACAUUUGAUGGCAGCAUCAAACUCGGACGAACUUCGGACAAGAUGAUUCUUGUAGCUGCUGGAUUCCUCAUGACAACCAUAUUUGGCGCCAUCCAUUGUAUGGCUUUGUUCCUUCCCUUUCCCACAUACGAGGAACACCUGCUAUGGUCCUUGCUCUUCCUGUGCGCAUCAAAGGAGGUUCAAGUCUCGCUCUGUUCAUUAUAUGCCAUGUUCUACAUCAUAGCUCGUGCCGUCCUCUUUGCACUUAUGUUCACUACUUUACGCAAUCUUGGUCAUAACGCAUACGAAGCGGUGUCGUGGACCACUGAGGUGCCGCACUUAUAGUUUUUGGUUACCGUGCUCAAAAUGCAAUUCAUACUUUUCUUCUUUUUACGAGCGAGUGUACUAUGUAGCAACUCACACUGCCUAACCCUACAUAAACGCUUAUAUCAGUAUCGUGCAUUGAUGCCCUAA